CUGGCCAGGCUGACAAGACUCAGCCUAUGGGGGCAGGGGAGGAGGUGGGGGCCGGUAUUUCUUGGGCUACUGAGGAACUGCUUGCGCCUCUGCAGUCUAGGCAGAGGAGGCAGGAGCCCCUGGGGUGGGCCAGCCACCUGGGCCGGGGAUGCCUGGCCAGAUGUGGAGGCCGCUGGAGAGGUGGCAGCGCACUUGGGCCUCAGGAGCUGGGCUGUUCCUAGGAGACGGAGGAGCAGCAAGCCUGCGGGGGAGGGGGGGCAAGUGGGUUGCUGCGUUGAGCAGCUGAAAGGGCUGCAGGGAGCUCUGGGUAAGACAUUUUCUGCUGCUUCUGCGGUAGAAGCUGCUGCGAGUAAGUCAGAGGAAGGAGGAUCGAGAGGGAGGAGGCUUCAUUUGCAGCCAUGCUGAAUCACUGCUGCUGAUCAGAUCUCCCACCGGUUGGCUGGGAGAACAGAGAACAGAGCUAGGAUCCCUAGGUGCGUGUGCGUGCUCAGUUCAGCGGCUGCCACUCCUGGCUGGGCCUCGCACAAUGGAAGGUGAAAGCAUCAAACCGAGCUCCCAGCCCCAGAUGCAAGUCGGGGAUGAGGAGAAGAACCAGAGGAAGAUCACUGUCAACCCUGCCCACAUGGGGAAAGCAUUCAAGGUUAUGAACGAGCUGCGGAGUAAGCAGCUGUUGUGUGACGUGAUGAUUGUGGCAGAAGAUGUCGAAAUAGAAGCCCACCGUGUGGUCCUGGCAGCCUGCAGCCCCUACUUCUGUGCGAUGUUCACAGGUGACAUGUCUGAGAGUAAAGCCAAGAAGAUAGAAAUCAAGGACGUGGAUGGCCAGACGCUGAGUAAGCUGAUCGACUACAUCUACACUGCCGAAAUCGAGGUGACAGAAGAGAACGUCCAGGUGCUGCUCCCAGCAGCCAGCCUGCUGCAGCUCAUGGAUGUCAGGCAGAACUGCUGUGACUUCCUGCAGUCUCAGUUGCAUCCCACCAACUGCCUGGGCAUCCGCGCGUUUGCAGAUGUGCACACCUGUACUGACCUUCUGCAGCAGGCCAACGCUUACGCAGAGCAGCACUUUCCAGAGGUGAUGCUGGGGGAAGAAUUUCUUAGCCUAAGUCUGGACCAGGUGUGCAGCCUGAUAUCCAGUGACAAGCUGACGGUUUCUUCAGAAGAGAAGGUAUUUGAAGCUGUGAUUUCAUGGAUCAAUUAUGAGAAAGAAACCCGUUUAGAGCACAUGGCAGAGCUGAUGGAACAUGUCCGUCUCCCUCUCUUACCUAGGGAUUACUUGGUGCAGACAGUGGAAGAGGAAGCUUUGAUAAAGAACAACAACACCUGUAAGGACUUCCUCAUCGAGGCCAUGAAAUACCAUCUGCUUCCUCUGGAUCAGAGGCUCUUGAUUAAGAACCCAAGGACCAAGCCCAGGACUCCUGUCAGCCUGCCCAAGGUCAUGAUCGUGGUCGGCGGCCAGGCGCCCAAGGCAAUCCGCAGCGUGGAGCGCUAUGACUUCGAGGAGGACCGCUGGGACCAGAUCGCCGAGCUUCCCUCCAGGAGGUGCAGGGCAGGUGUGGUGUUCAUGGCCGGCCACGUGUAUGCUGUGGGCGGGUUCAAUGGCUCACUGCGUGUGCGGACGGUGGACGUGUACGAUGGUGUGAAGGACCAGUGGACGUCCAUCGCCAGCAUGCAGGAGCGCCGGAGCACGCUGGGUGCGGCUGUACUCAAUGACCUGCUCUACGCCGUCGGGGGCUUUGAUGGCAGUACUGGCCUAGCAUCAGUGGAAGCCUACAGCUAUAAGACCAACGAGUGGUUCUUUGUGGCCCCAAUGAACACGCGGCGGAGCAGUGUGGGUGUGGGCGUCGUGGAAGGGAAGUUAUAUGCUGUCGGGGGUUACGACGGGGCUUCCCGCCAAUGCCUGAGCACCGUGGAGCAGUACAACCCAGCAACCAAUGAGUGGACGUACGUGGCAGACAUGAGCACCCGCCGCAGUGGCGCAGGGGUUGGUGUCCUCAGCGGGCAGCUGUACGCCACGGGCGGCCACGACGGGCCCUUGGUGAGGAAGAGCGUUGAGGUUUAUGACCCUGGAACAAACACCUGGAAGCAGGUGGCAGACAUGAACAUGUGCCGGCGCAAUGCAGGGGUCUGUGCAGUGAACGGGCUCCUGUAUGUGGUCGGAGGGGAUGACGGAUCCUGCAACCUGGCCUCAGUGGAGUACUACAAUCCCGUCGCCGACAAGUGGACGCUGCUGCCCACCAACAUGAGCACGGGGCGCAGCUAUGCGGGUGUCGCUGUGAUUCACAAGCCCUUGUGAUGCCGACCCCCACUGACAGGUGCUAGAGGAAGGGCGGGAUGCUGAGACUCAGAGCAGCCGGACCGUGACAGCUGGGCGCCCCCCGCUGCAGGAGCCCGUGGGGCAGUGAGGACUGCCCUCCUCUGACUCGGCAGCAUGGUGUCUGCUGUGAAGACUGGUGACCUCACCUCCUGCCCCCCUGAGGUGUUCUGGCCUCUGCCCUGAGCAGUGGGUUCCUGAUAGCUCCAGGUGGCACCUUUGGGUUUUUUUUUUGUUUCUACAGGGACAACAAAGAACCUGAACGUGUGUGUGUGUGUGUGUGUGUGUGUGUGUGUGUGUGUAGAACAUGGUGUUUCAUUAAGGGGUGUGUGUGACAGUCCACUGGAUUUCUUUACUACUGAUCCUUCUGCUAUGCUAAAAAUCAAAUCACAGAAACCUCUUUUCUGGAUUUGCUCCGAAUGGACCUUGAGACUACAAAAGUGGUUGUCUUCUGGAGGUCCAGGUGGACAAGCCAGGAGUAUCCAGAAAUGUCCGGCAAGAGGGGCAGUGCUUUGCCCAUGCCCACAGGCCGGCCUCGACUUUGGGCACCGUCUGCAGAAGAGCUGGGCAUCCUUGAAUGGCACUGUGCCCUCUGUGUGCUGGAACUAGGAGUGAAUGUGUGCUCCAGCCCCUUAGCUGGGCACUCCUCCUUGGCCUCUGCCCCAGGGAGCACAUGACAACUGCCCAGUCUGUGGGCCACUGGUCUUUGAUGUUGUGGAUUCCAGGUGUGGGAGAUUUUGUGUCUCUUCAGCUGGGAAAACUAGCUAUUCAGAGAGUCCCUGAGUAACACACUGGUGGAAAAAUAUAUACAUCAAAAACAAUAACAACAAACCAAAGUGGUAAGGCUUCAGUCCCUGCCUGUACUGGUCUCAGGGCCCUACUUCUGGGGUUUCCCCAGACAGGACAGUCCCACUUACACUUACUAUCCAGACUUAAUCCCAUUUUAUUCUUAAGAGUGUACUGGGUUGGAGGAUAAAGAAAAGGUCACCCUGCCUCCAAACCCAACGACAGCUUUGCCCCCGCGUUGGAGGGAGUCCUGUGUGGUUCAGAUGGAUAUGGAUGACUUCAAAGGAGUAUAUGGCUGAAGCUGGCCCUCGGCACUUUAUGACAGUGGUCAAGUCUGUCUGAUAUUCUUGUCUUCCUUUCUUGGGCUCUGCCCCAUCCCAGGGCCAGGACCCUUUCUCCAACCCUCAGAACAUCCCCUCCUCCCUGCUUCCCUGAGAGGGAGGAGACGGUGGUAGGCUCUGGACAUGUGACCUCUCUCAGGGGUAUUUGCAUUUUAAAAAUGGAGCAUGAUGAGAACUUUGCUAAUUCACAGGUAGAAAUUAUCAAUGACAGAACUUCAAGCAUCUGGAGCAGGUGGUAUUUGAUGGCACAUGGAGUCAUUUGCAUUAAAAAAAGAAAAGAACCUUAAAGUUGUGCUGUUCCUAAACUAGCAAGUUGCUUAUGUUGGAAUUUCUGGCAUAAGGAGGGGAGGUCUUAUGUCUGGAGAACAGUCUCGUACCUCAGGGGCUGGGGUAACCCUCCCUGAUGUCAGGGUCCACCUAUAGGGUGUUGGGAGGCUUUAUGAGCCCUGAUGUUGGACUUCUGAUAUAACUGGGCCACUUCCUGCAAGGAGGCUGGCAUCCUGCCCCCCAACUGACCCUGCACUUAGAAAACCAGGGGCCUCCCUGGCGAGCUGGCCACUUGGUGUAUUUACUGAAUAUGUAAUGUGCACUAAACACUCAACUUUCUUGAAGAGGAAACCUCCUCUUCGCAUAUCGAGCAGACGUUAUUUCAGUGAGACAUUCAGAGAGCACUGAGAUGUUCAGAAUUUUUAGUAGCCUUGGGAAGAAGUGAAAAUAUCCAGCUUUUGUGGGCCUGGAACAAGUGUCUCCUCUGGCACGCUUUCAGCUGGGCGCUCUGGUCGUGACCUAGCCCUGCGGACGGCUGCGGUUUCAGAGCUCUGCCUAGCUCCCGGGGGAAGCUGAUGGAAUGAACUUUUUGGUUCCAAAUGUUUUUCCACCCUCUCUGAGGAAGGUUUGGGACUUUGUUUUGGUGUGUGGUGGGGAUAAGGUUGGGGUUUGGAGUCUGGGGUGUGCUAUUCCCACAGCUCCUGACUUCAGAUGAAAGGUGAAUUCCCCAUUUCCUCACCCCAAACAGAGGAAUUGGACUUUCAUGCUUGUGUGGGGGAGGCUAUUAUGUGUCAUUCUCCCAGAAAGGGCCCCUUUCCCAGAAGCUAGCGAGCAGUGUUUUCUGCUUUUGGAGUUUCGCUGUUAGUGCCACCUCCGGUCUCUCUUCUAGGAAGCAGUGCGCCUGCUGGUCGUGCUGCGCAGGCUGGCUCCACUUCCUCCUGUGUCCUUUUUCCUGGGGACUAGAACACUGGUGACGUCAGCGCCAAAAAGCCAGUUUGCUCUGGCUGCCCACAGAUGCCAUCUGAAACCCGAUCUCUCAUUACCACCCGGUAUGAGUCUCUCUCCACAGUGGACAUGACAGACUUAUUUUCAAGUCUGUGCUGGUUGUGUGCUGGGUGGCCACAACUGCUUGUGACUGCAGCUUGGCCAGUGGUGUAUCUGAAAUCUGAUCACAGUGGUGAAAUGGAAUUGUGGCCCAAGGUUAGAAGCAGCUUAGACGCUACUGGGAUACUGAUUUGGUGAGCACAGAAGUGAGACUCUGAAUUUCAAAGUGAUUUCUCAUAAGUACCCAAUGGCAUCUCUCCAUCUAAAAAGUUGCAGUAUUAUGCAAAUGACAGUGACCUCAUUUUCUGCUAUGCAAUAAGAAUACUUAAUUCUAUUUCAUGACUAACCAGUUGCAAUAUCCCCUAAGAUGCUUUUUGAGCUGUCUUACUUUGAUAUCUGUUGUGUAAUGUUUGAUAUUCCUGAGCCAGAUCCUUUCAAAGAUUGUCUUUUUAUAAAAUUGAAGCUAUAGCUUUCAGGCUAAACUUUUAAUGUAGAUGUUUUUAUAAGAUAAUUUUUUUCAGAAUAUUUGAAUUGCUUUUUAUUUUCCAUGAUGAUGAAAUGUUCUGUUCUCUAAGCCAUUCACUCUCAAACGUAGUUCACGCCUGCAGCUAUCUUCCCUUUGCUUCUUGCCAUCCAAACACUGAUUGUCCAGCAGUUCUCGGUAGAUGAGUCUCUUUGACUUGGAGUCUUCUUUCUCACACCAUAGUUAAGAGAGAUUGCUGAAACACACAAUUACUGAUGUUUCUGGAAUUGCUUAGGGACUCAGGUUUAGCCCGACUCAGCACUUAACCCAUCUGUAUUGCCUGUCCGCUCCUUUUGGAGUCCUCCAGAAAGGGGUGAGGCUGGUUGGCCGUCUUCCUGGCAGCUGUCACUCACUGCCUAGCACUGAGCCUGACCUGCUUUUGUGCUGAGAAGCCCCAGGGAAAGGCCUGCCCGCCACCAUCCUCCCAAGAGGUUCCUAGGUCCUGCAGACCAGUCCUCAUUCUUUUCUGUCCUCUUGUUCUUCUGAAGCUGCCAACAGCUUAGGGCCUUUGCUGCUGGGUGACAUGCCCUCUGGAAGCAGCUUGUCUGUGAACUUGCAAAGAGGGCUCACUCCUCAUGUCCUCAUGAUCUCCAUGUGUGAGGCAUGUGCUCCGCAGACACUCCCACUACACUUACAACUUCCUUGUUUCUUGAGCUGUGUUUAUAUUCUCGGCUCCAUUUUGUGUAUUUAUGUGCCAUUAGCCUCAUCUCGAGAAAUCUUUAUUUUUGUUAUUGGGACAGGUGCCGCUUGAAUUGUGUCCGUCCUUCCCCGUUUGCACCUUGUUGGACCAAGUUGGGAAGCCGAGCAAACUCAUGUUCCGGUUAGCUGGAGGUUUUAAGGCUCUGUUUGCCUGGAGAAGCAAAGGAGGCUGGAAUGUAUUUUAUAAAAGUGUUUGCACUGUUUAGAGUCCUCAGCCCCUCAUGUUCAGCCGUGCUGCAUGUCUACUGACCAAGGAGAGCCGGCAGCACUUCCAACAUUCGGGCAUGGAAGAGCCUUCUGCUGUCGUGGGUAAUCACCACCUCAGAGCCCCUGUGCAGACUCAUGGGUUAUGGCAUCAGCCCAGGCAGGCAUGCAUGGCACUCUGGUGUUUGGAGAAACAAAUUGCCCUCGUGCUGUGUUCCUGCCUUUGGUUAUGAGAUUGCAAAUUAUUUUUCCCCUUUCCAGUGGCAAUAAAGGACCCUUUCUGCACUUCUUGAUUGAUUUGUACGUGAUGUGUUAAAUACUUUCUUUGAAGUAUUUACGAUACUGCAUGUAUGUCCCUGUGGGUGCCCGCAGGCAGGCGGGCCUGAUCACUGGCACCCCACACAGCACAUCGCAUGGCAGGGUCCCUCACCUGGUGGCCUCUGCUUGUGUGUUAGGGACCAUGUACCUUGUGAGAGAACACUUGUCCCCUGCUCGAUCAUUACCAUGAUAGCUGAAGAAACCAUUGCUCAAAUGUAUUAUUUAACAGGAGUUGAGUUCUAGUUUCCCAUCCUUUGUUACUUUAAUUUUAAUAAAAGCGGAACUGUGAGAA